AAGUCAGAGCGUGGCCUGGGAGGAGGAAAACGCCUGGUUCCCUGCAGCUGGGUCCUCUCAAAAGCCACGCUCCAGGCCGGGGUCCGGGCUGAGACGGAAGCACAGCUGCACACCACUUUCGUAAACCUCGCGGUGCGUAGGCCCCCGUCUUCCUAGCUUGGCGCCAUCGCCAGCCGGUUUCGUCCGUCUGCCGGAGGCUGCUGGAGGCAGCCGGGAGUGCGCAGGUCGCGGCUCCGGCGGCACAGCAGCUCCCUCGGGGGAGGCGCGCUUUGAACGAGCCUCCGGGAGGCAAAGGAGGAGUGCAGCGGCGGAGCUACUGCUGGCGGGCCAUGGGGAGCCUGAAGGAAGAGCUGCUGAAGCCCAUCUGGCACGCUUUCACCGCCCUCGACUUGGACAAGAGCGGUAAAGUCUCCAAGUCGCAGCUGAAGGUCCUUUCUCACAAUCUGUGCACAUUGUUGAAUGUUCCUCAUGAUCCAGUGGCCUUAGAAGAGCAUUUUAGGGAUGAUGAUGAAGGACCUGUUUCUAAUCAGGGUUAUAUGCCUUAUUUAAAUAGAUUCAUCUUGGAAAAGGUUCAAGACAAUUUUGACAAAGUUGAAUUCUAUAAAAUGUGCUGGACUCUGAGUGCCAAAAAAAACCUCACAAAAAGUACCUUACUCAUUACUGAUGAUGAUGCUUUUAAAGUAUGGGUCAUCUUCAAUUUCCUGUCUGAGGACAAAUAUCCAUUAAUCAUUGUGCCAGAAGAGAUUGAAUACUUGCUUAAGAAGCUGACAGAAGCAAUGGGAUUAGGUUGGCAUCAAGAACAGUUUGAACAUUACAAGAUCAGUUUGGAUGCCAAUUGGGAAGGUCUUUCUGCUUGGGAAUUGAUUGAGCUCAUUGGAAGUGGUCGGUUUAGCAAAGGGAUGGACAGACCAACAGUGUCCAUGGGCAUUAGUGAAGUCUUCAGUGAACUUAUAUUAGAUGUGUUAAAACAGGGUUAUAUGUGGAAGAAGGGUCACAAAAGGAAAAACUGGACAGAACGUUGGUUUGUUUUAAAACCAAAUGUUAUAUCGUACUAUGUUAGUGAAGAUUUAAAAGACAAAAGAGGAGACAUUGCACUGGACGGCAACUGUACUGUAGAGGCCUUGCCUGACAAAGAUGGCAAAAAAUGUCUCUUCCUUAUAAAAAGCUUAGAGAAAUGUUUUGAGAUUAGUGCCUCUGAUAAGAAGAAGAAACAGGAAUGGAUUCAAGCCAUUCAGACAACUGUAAAUCUGCUAAAAUUAAAAAGCCCUUCACCUCAUAAAGAGGCACGCCAGAAACGGAAAGAAUUACGUAAAAAACUGCAGGCUGAACAAGCAGAAUUGGAGAAGCAAAUGAAGGAGCUCCAAAUAGCAAAUGAAAAUAAGCAGAAGGAACUGGAAACCGUCCGAAAGCAACUAGAAGAGGCAGCAGCACGAGCUUCGGAGGAAGAGAAGAAACGUCUGCAGACCCAAAUGGAAUUACAAGAUCGAUUCAGUCUUGAACUGGAGAGAGAGAAAAUGGUAAGACAGAAAAUGGAAGAGCAGGUUGCUCAGAAAUCAUCUGAGCUGGAGCAAUACUUACUGAGAGUCAAGGAACUUGAGGAAAUGUAUAAGCAGCUACAGGAAGCUUUGGAGGAUGAAAAACAAGCACGUCAAGAUGAGGAAACGGUCAGGAGACUUCAGGCCAGGCUACUAGAAGAAGAGACAGCCAAGAGAGCAGACCUGGAAAAGUGGCACUUAGAGCAGCAACAGACCAUUCAGGUGACUGAGGCAGAAAAGCAAGAGUUGGAAAACCAGAGGAAAAUGAAGGAACAUGCUCUACAGGUUGCCAUGCAGCAGUUGGAACAGCUGGAAUUGGAGAGGAAGCAAGCCUUUGAACAAUAUGAGGAGGUAAAGAAGAAAUUGGAAGUAGCAGCAAGCAAAACCAAAAGUUGGAAAGAUCGAGUAGCUCAUCAUGAGGGAUUAAUUCGAUUAAUUGAACCAGGUUCCAAGAAUCCUCAUUUGAUCACUAAUUGGGGACCAGCAGCCUUCACUGAAGCUGAACUUGAGCAAAGAGAGAAGAGUUGGAAAGGGAAAAGGGGCACUUCUGAUUAGUGAACAUGGCUGAAAUACAUUGGGGGCAGUAGAGAGCAGAAAUCUGAUAGUUAAAUAAAAUAUUGUUAUACCAAUUUAUUGUAUCUACUGCAAGUUAGUUAAGAUAUAUAAAGAUGUUAGAUACAAAAUAGAAAUUCUACUUCAUGCCAUGAAUUAUAAGAGAAUUUGUGAAGAGUGCUAAAUGUCUGCAUAAAUUGUUUGAAUAAUUGUGUGCAGUUAAUGAAAAUUUAAAUGCUGUAAUUUGAAGUGUGUUUUUUUUAAAUUUGGAAUUGGACAAGUUGAAUGAAUUAGAACACAUUGGGAGUAUUGUGAGCCUUUUUACCCAUGUUGUUAUCCUAGGCUGAUUAGAAAGCUAUGAACUUACGCCACUAGUUUUAUAUUUGGGGCAGUAAAAGUUUAUGUGAAUGUAGGAGGAUUGUUAUCUUUGGUAGAUCCAGGCCAAAGAUGCAUGGAGAAACAUACCAGUUUGGAUCAAUGGGUCUGUAUAUCAGUGGCUCAAUGUAUCAGUGUGUGACUGAAAUGCUUUUCUCAUAUAAAUAUAGAAUAUAUUCUCAAGUGGUAAUUUCAGUUUCAUAAUAAUCCUGUAGUUUGAAAGGGAGAAAAACAAAGAAAAAUUAAACAGCCUACAGCCUCCUUUUGAUUUUUUAUUAUUACACUAAUAGCCUGAAGAGAAUAGAUAGCUGAAUAUCCUGAUUCAGAAAUUCAUAGUCCAGUCUUGGCAAUGUGAGAGAGAUUCUUCUGCAAAAACAUGCAUAGGGUUAUACUUUUGGUCAACCAAUUGAUUACAGAUAUCAGCUCAUGCAAAUUAAUAAUCUAGCCUUGUUCACCAAAUUUCCUUGAUUUCCUAUACAGUCCAUAAUGUAACUGCUAAAUUUUUUUGAGGUUAAAUGUAACAUUAAUAUAUUAGACUUAACAAGUAUUUAAGUUUAUAAUAUUAUCAGUAGAUUCUCUAUAGCUUAAUUAUUUCUGGAAUAAAAUAUUACUUUGAAAAAGAGCCAGCCAAUCAAUUGUGGAAAUCAUUAGGAGAAUCAUGCAAAUUCUAUCAAAUGAGUCCCCAUUCAUUUAAUUAAGAAUUAUGGAAUUCUCAUAUAAGCCAACUUGAAAUAAGCAAAAUGUGCAGCAGAAGUAAUGCUGACAGAGUUGGGAAGCUCAAAAUUUGGGCCUUUUCAAGAGGAGAAACAGGUAGGUAGGCAAAGCUGAUCUCAGAUAUCAUCUUCCAAGGAGGAAGGAAUCUUGGAUUACUUGUUUGUUUUUGUUUUUAAACUGUGUUGUGGUUUUAUUAAUGAUGGUUGGUGUCUCUUGUAAGAAUUUGUGUCCAAAAAAGGCAAAAAUAAAAUGAAAUAGCAAAAUAACUUUCAAAAUAAGAAAUGAGCAAAUGAGGUUGGUAAAAUGAGUACCCAGCUUGCUGGGGAAGGUGACUAUUGGGGAAGGCAAUGGCCAACCGCCCUGCUCUAUAGUCUGCCAAGAAAACGUCGCAAAAGUGGCGUCCCCCCAAAGGGUCAGACAUGACUCGGUGCUUGUACAGGGGACCUUUCAUCUUCAGACGGAUUAUAACAGCGUUAGCUUCUUUGUGUGGUUAGUUCUGGUUUUUGGGAGUGAUAUUGCAUCACUUCACGGAGCUGCCUUGACUCUGAUCACUGGAGCAACUGAUACCAUGUAUCAAAGGAAAGCUACGGGCUUUGCUUUGGGCCCCCCGGCAAAGCAUAGAAAUAGGCCCCUUCACAUUAGUGGAAAUAAUUUCUGUGUAUGCAAAGUAAAUAGUCAUAUACAGUAUGGCACCUGGAGUGGGGGACUGUUUCGUUUUAUGAAGCUAUAUCAAAGGAAGAUAUCACUGAAGGUUCAUCAAAGUGAAGCGUCAAUUUGAGGCUUUGCACAAGCCUUCAUUUUUGUUUUGUUGUAUUUUGCUAACUGAAAAGUGUUUAUGAAGUGACUUCAACCUGUUCAUGAGUAUUAUUAAUACUAGGUUUCCUUAAAUGUGUAGUUACUGUACAGUAAUCAUUUCUUUUUAUGCUGUUGGAUAGGAAUCGACAGUGCUAGGAGUGUUGUAUUCUGGUGCAUUCUGAGAAACCAGUUGAGAUAUAUUUAUCAUGUCCGAACUACCAAGUCAUUACUUUAAUUUACAUUAGUUAAGCUAUUUUUUUGUGCUAAUUACUGUUGGGCCAAAUUAAGGAACUGCCAAUUUUUCGUGUGUUCCAUUUUGUUUUUGCUUUAGUAUUUGUUAAAAUAAAUAAAUAAUAACUUUAA